UAAUUAUUUUAAGGGCGGGGUAAGGGUUUUCACUUUCGAAAAAUCGAUUUUUUUUUGUUUUAUCUUAUUGUUUAUGAGAAUAUGUCCUCAAAAUUUUAAUCCGAUCUAAGCAAUAUUCUUUAAGUUAUUGUUUAAUUAGUCUCGGGGCCUUUAACGCUCUAACUCUAACAGCUACGGGCGGUUGGGAUUGCAAUGCAGCUGCUCAGUGUGAUGGUUCAAUCGAAUUCAAGAGCUGUAAAAAAGAAGGACUUGGCUUUCAAAUCCAAGUCAAAUGUACAAAUUGUGAUCCACGCUUUAUACCGUCGAGUGAGAAAACUGGUCAUCGCUAUGAAAUCAACACUCGUUUUGCCUUUGUAAUGCGUACAUUAGGUUUGGGUUUAGCAAGCUGCAAUAAAUUUUGCGGGCUCAUGGACAUAGCAAGUAGUUUUCUAUCAAAACAAUCUUAUUUGGAUCUCAUGAAAUCUAUUUGCUGCAGCAUCGAAACGACUGCUGAGAAAUUUCUUGUCUCCGCCGCAGACAAAGAAAAACAGCUAACACGUGCAAAUUCGGAGUCAGACACUUUGACCGUUUCUGGUGACGGCACGUGGCAGAAGCAAGGCUUUAGCUCUUCCUUUGGCGUCACUUCCUUGAUUGGAUAUUGGUCUGGAAAAGUUAUCGAUAUUUUCAUUGGUACGAAGAACAUGUUGGAAAAGAUGAAUGCCAAGCAAAUCACACCGGACCAUCAGAUAAUUUCCGGCCGAGUUACAGUGAACACCGCAAGUUGUUUUUUUUUCAAGACGUCCUGGGGGAAGCUCUGUCACGGGCUAAUGGUUUAAUAUUUUUGCAUGAAAAAUUUACAGAACAUAGUCAAAACUAUGCUCAAUAAUGUAUAGAAGGUUUGAAUAAAAUUGCUCAAUCGAUAUUUGAGAUAAAAAAUCACAAAAAAAGUGUUUUUUUUUUACGCUGAAACCCUUACCCCUCC